UCAUUCGGUGUGUUUCGGACACUGCCUCCGACCUCCGGCUACCUCCGGCACCACUCGGGUAUUUCCGGCGAUAGUCGGCUAUCCUCGCCGGCAUUCGGUUAUAUCCGGCAGACCUCGGCUUUUUCCGGCGGCCUCUCCGGUAACGGUCGCUGUGAGUUUAAAUGAGCCGGAGCCGCCCGUGUGACGUCUUGAGAGCUGCCGACAGGGAGAGAGGCCCCGACAGCGGGAGAGAGAGCGGACGCUGGAGGCCGGAGAAUGACGGUGCUGCAAGAACCCGUCCAGUGCAUUCAGAAGAGGCAUUAUUUCUGCUAGCAACAUGUUAUUACCGCUCAGGAAAAGCAUACAAGGCUUACCGGCUCCUGAAAACACAUAGUUGUGCCACCCCACAAUGCAAAUAUCUUCUCGCAAAAUGCUGCGUGGAUCUUAGCAAACUGGCAGAGGGUGAGCAGAUCUUGUCAGGUGGUGUGCUGAAUAAACAAAAGAGCCAGGAGGAGAUAGUUACAGAGUUUGGAGACUCUGCCUGCUUUACACUGUCGCUGCUUGGCCAUGUAUAUUGCAAAACUGACCGGUUGGCCAAAGGAUCAGAAUGUUACCAAAAGAGCCUUAGUCUAAAUCCCUUCCUAUGGUCCCCAUUUGAAACAUUAUGUGAAAUAGGUGAAAAGCCAGACCCUGAGCAGACCUUCAAACUGACCUCCCUCCAGAAUUUUAGUAGCUGCCUGCCUAAUACUUGCACAUUAAUGGUGAACACCCACAACAUCCUAUCUCACAGGCAAGCCGACACAGUAUUAAUGGAAACGCCACAAGACACUAUAGAACUUAAUAGAUUGAACCUGGAAUCAUCCAAUCUAAAAUACUCCUUGAACACAGACUCCUCAAUGUCCUACAUAGACCCAACAGUUAUCUCCCCUGACUCGCUGCCCUUGGGAACUGGUACGUCUAUUUUGGUAAAACAGGCUCAGAACAAACCAAAGAGUGGACGCAGCCUGUUAGGAGGGCCGGCAGCACUGAGCCCACUCACCCCCAGUUUUGGGAUUUUGCCACUAGAAACUCCCAGUCCAGGAGAUGGGUCAUACUUACAAACCUACAACUCCUCUUGUGUCCUCGAUGUGCCAUCUUCUGGUACCCCUGCUAAGAAGUCUGUGACCAGAAUCAGCCAAGCAGGAACAAAGUCAGUGUUUUCACAGAGCGGCAACAGCCGGGAUGUGACCCCUGUCCUUCUUGUACAGACUCAGGGUUCUGGACCUCAGACCAGCACUACACCACAGGUACUGAGCCCAACUAUAGCUGCCCCUCCUAAUGCAUUACCACGACGUAGCUCCCGCCUUUUUACAAGUGACAGUUCUACCACCAAGGAAAACAGUAAAAAGCUGAAAAUGAAAUUUCCUCCCAAAAUCCCAAAUCGUAAAACCAAAAGCAAAACUAACAAAGGUGGUAUUACUCAGACCAAUUUGAAUGAGAGUUUGGAAAUAAGCAAGCUGGAUUCCUCUAUCAUCUCUGAAGGCAAGAUCUCCAAUGUGGGCCCUCAGAUUCAGGCACUAACUAUACAAAAAGCUGCAGCAGAAGGCUUAAUGAGCCUCUUGAGGGACAUGGGAAAAGGUUAUGUGGCCUUGUGCUCCUAUAACUGCAAAGAAGCAAUCAAUAUCCUAAGCCACCUUCCUUCCCACCACUACAACACAGGCUGGGUAUUAUGUCAGAUCGGAAGAGCCUAUUUCGAGCUGGCAGAGUAUUUGCAGGCAGAGCGUGUGUUCUCUGAGGUGCGAAGGAUUGAAAACUACCGCGUUGAGGGAAUGGAAAUCUACUCCACCACACUCUGGCAUUUACAGAAAGAUGUUGCACUGUCUGUGCUUUCUAAGGAUCUCACAGAUAUGGACAAAAAUUCACCAGAGGCUUGGUGUGCUGCCGGGAACUGUUUCAGUCUGCAGAGGGAACAUGACAUUGCCAUUAAGUUCUUCCAGCGGGCUAUUCAGGUGGAUCCUGGCUAUGCAUAUGCCUUCACGCUCUUGGGCCAUGAAUUUGUACUAACAGAAGAGCUGGACAAAGCACUGGCCUGCUUCAGAAACGCCAUCCGUGUUAAUCCCAGACACUACAAUGCAUGGUAUGGUCUCGGAAUGAUCUAUUAUAAGCAGGAGAAGUUCAGCUUGGCAGAGAUGCAUUUCCAGAAAGCACUAGAUAUCAACCCACAGAGUUCAGUACUACUUUGUCAUAUAGGAGUGGUGCAGCAUGCACUCAAAAAAUCAGACAAGGCUUUGGAUACUCUUAACAAAGCUAUUUCCAUUGAUCCCAAAAACCCACUAUGCAAGUUCCACCGAGCCUCUAUCUUGUUUGCCAAUGAAAAAUAUAAGUCUGCACUGCAGGAGCUGGAGGAACUGAAGCAAAUUGUCCCCAAGGAAUCCUUAGUGUAUUUUUUGAUAGGAAAGGUGUAUAAAAAACUAGGUCAAACACAUUUGGCCCUGAUGAACUUUUCCUGGGCAAUGGACCUGGAUCCCAAAGGAGCUAACAACCAGAUCAAAGAGGCCAUAGACAAACGUUAUCUACCAGAUGAUGAAGAGGUUGUCACCCAAGAGGAACAAGUUAGUGAGUGCUACCCCUAUGAAACAGUGGGAACUGAUGAAUCGCAGGAGAGCAGCAUGACGGAUGCAGAUGACACACAAUUGCACGCAGCUGAGAGUGAUGAGUUUUAACCUAGCCCUCACUCCCUACCGGACAUAUGGCAUUGGGGUGUCUGACUGUUAUUUUACUCAACACCACCCCAGCCUCACCCUUGCCUUCUCAGAUGCCUUUCUAAGGCUGCCAUUUUGUAUCAUCAUCAUUGCCUCUGUUACCAUUGUCAGCCAUUCCUCCCCCAGCGACCUCUGAUUUUUUAAAGCCCUGCAGAGAAUUAAAGACUGUGCAAUAUGUGGGUAGCACUCGGUUGGAUUCCUGCUUCUUUUCCACUUUCUAAAGCACCUAGUGUUUCCAAAGGGGGUAUGUGAUGCAAGGUAUGGCCUGUUCAUGCCGAAGAUGAUGAUGAUGAUGAUGAAUUAUUAGGAGUCCCAAGUCUCCCCAGACUUGAAGCUUGCUGUUAAAGCGUAACAAACACUGAACUUCAUGGAUACGAUGCUCUUUCACAGCACCUUCAAAUUCAGUGCCUCCCUCCACCCUCAUUGAGGACAGAAUUUAGAAGACUUUCUGCUUGGAUAACAUUUAUUCAGCGCUAGAAUCUAAAGACAAGAGACUGGGGCAAUCUAAACUUUUGACCAUCAUCUGAUGAGAGACUCUUUGCAGACUGACUUAUGCUUACAGUGAACCAUUCAACUACAGACUAAGGAUAGAUGCCCUCCUCCACCUUAGAUUUCUUAUACUGGGUGUUAGGAUGGAUGGCCUGGGUUAAUGUAAGGUGACUGAAUCAUUUCCAUAACUCAUCACUGUGGAGUGGGACAAGCCAUAAUCUUCCAAUCGCCAUCUCACCAUCUUUUCUUCUUUCAUUGCAUUUUAUUUACAAGCGUUAUACUUGUAGUAUUCCGCAAGCUAAACCAUUUUUUUUCAUGUGCGGUUGGAAAAUGGAAGGGUACAGGCAUGGAGAAUGUUUUGUCUAAAAAAGGGAUACCUCUUAAUAGUACCACUUGCCUUCAUACAGUGCAUGUAGCCAUUUGUAGCCUAUUAGGAACAAGUGAAACUAUGUCUCGCCUUAGUGAUCUUUAUUAGUUCAUAGUGCAUUAUUGGACUGUAUCCUUAGCUCAUCAAAUGGCUGCAUUCAGUGUAUAGGCGAUGGAUAUACCUUAAUUGGUGAGAUACUCGUUUUAUAUCGGUUUGUUAUAAGUUCUUUUACCUUCGUUUCAUUUUCACCAUCUCACUUUUUAUUUGUUUGCAAAAUCCCUUAAAACUAAUGGUUGGAUAACAUUUGACUACCCCUAGACAUAAUGCUUUCAAAAUGCAAUUUUUAAUUUACCCUAUUACCUUGUGGGUUUGGGUUUCCUGUAGGAAGAUUGUCACCGUCCUCUCUCUAUUCAGGUUUCUAGUUCCAGUGCUCUGGGCAAAUCCAUCAUCUGUCAUCUGCAUUUGGUGAAACAAGGAGGAUCACCUUCCAUCUAACGUUACUGGCAUGAUGUCUAAUGAAUAACACGCCCGUCACUGCCAGCCAGGCCAGCUACCCUGUAAUGGACAGUUGCCCUGCGGCACUGGUCUCUCUGGUGGGGCGGGACCCCUUUUAUUGUGUGGCUGUGAUUUGUCUUUUUAUUUUUGUCCCCUCCCCUUUUUUUAUUUCAGACAGUGUACAGUGUUCUAUUAUUUGGGUCGGGAGGUUCCUGUUUAAUAUAUUUUGCGAAUCAUUUAAGGAUGUGAAAAAUCCGAAUAAAAACUUUUUAAAAAUA